AUGAAUGUGUACGAGGAACAAAAGCUGUACCAUACAAGCCAGGAGCGCGAGCGAUACGAGACGAUGGCGACGCUGUACAGCCUCAUAACGUGUCUCGAUUACCUGGAGCGCGCGUACGUGCGAGGAGCCGUGCCGGAUGACGCCUACGCCACACAGUGCUCGCGGCUGCUGGGGCAGUACAAGACGGUGAUCAAGCUCGUCACGGAUCCGACGCAGCCGCCGCCCUACGUAUUCCGUGAUGUGCACGACUUUAUGCGCUACUUCCACAUGGAUCACCCGGCAGCCGUGCAUCGUCUCGUGCUCGGCAUCCCGGCGACGGUCGAGCAUGGCGAGUCACAGGCGCCGUCGAUGAGCGCGCACGUCGUCGCUGAGACGACGCAAAACUUUAUCACGCUCAUGGAUGCACUGAAGCUGCAGAUGCGUGCCAAGGACCAGCUGCACCCGCUGCUCAGCGACGUCCUCAGCGCGUACGCACAGACGGGCACCGAGCCUGAGCCGCUGCGCGCCAAGUUGCUCGACUGGCUCAUUGCCCUCAACCAGCUCAGCGCAAGUGAAGAGUUGGACGAGGCGCAAGCGCGGGAAAUGUUAUUCGACGUCGAGCAGGCAUACACGGCCUGGUUCAAGGGACUAGCACGGGGCGCAUAA